AAUGCUCUGCUGACUUACAGACUGAGCCCCAAUGAGUAUUUCUUACUGGAUGUACCACCCAGCCACGAGCAGGUAAAACCUCUUGGACUUGUGUUACUCAAACCUUUGGACCGGGAAGAAGCUCCAGAGCUUUACCUAUUGCUCACUGCUACUGACGGAGGCAAACCCGAGCUGACUGGCACCGUUCAGUUAUUCAUCACAGUGCUGGAUGCCAAUGACAAUGCCCCAGUAUUCGACAGGACACUCUAUACAGUGAGAUUACCAGAAAAUGUUCCUAUAGGAACGCUGGUAAUUAACCCCAAUGCCUCAGAUUUAGACGAAGGAGUGAAUGGGGAUAUUGCUUACUCAUUCUCCAGUGAUGUUUCUCCAGAUAUAAAAUCCAAGUUCCACAUAGAUGCUGUGAGUGGGGCAAUCACAGUGAUAGGAUGUAUUGAUUUUGAAGAAAGCAAAACUUACAAAAUUCAAGUAGAGGCAAUUGAUAAAGGUUCCCUACCACUGGCUGGUCACUGUACAGUUCUUGUGGAAGUGGUGGACACUAAUGACAAUGCUCCAGAGUUGACUGUCACUUCCCUGUCUCUUCCCAUCUCUGAGGAUACCCUGCCUGGCACAGUCAUCACCUUGAUUAGUGUGUUUGAUCGAGAUUCUGGUACCAAUGGACAAGUGACCUGCUCUCUGAUGCCUCAUGUCCCCUUCAAGCUAGUGUCCACUUUCAAGAAUUACUAUUCGUUGGUGUUGGACAGUGCCUUAGACCGCGAGACCGUAUCUGACUAUAAAGUGGUGGUGACCGCCAGGGACAGAGGUUCACCUUCGCUGUGGGCCACUGCCAGCUUGUUGGUGGAGGUGGCUGACGUGAACGACAAUGCACCAGUGUUCGCUCAGUCUGAGUACACGGUGUUCGUGAAGGAGAACAACCCGCCAGGGUGCCACAUCUUCACAGUGUCUGCGCAUGACGCGGACGCGCAGGAGAACGCUCUGGUGUCCUACUCUCUGGUGGAGCGUCGUGUGGGCGAGCGCGCGCUGUCGAGCUACGUGUCAGUGCACGCGGAAAGCGGCAAGGUGUAUGCUCUGCAAUCUCUGGACCACGAAGAGCUGGAGCUGCUGCAGUUCCAGGUGAGCGCGCGCGACGCUGGCGUACCGCCCCUGGGCAGCAAUGUGACUCUGCAAGUGUUCGUGCUGGAUGAAAACGACAAUGCGCCAGCACUGCUGGGACCUUGGCAACAAGGAGCAGGCGGCACUGUGAGCGAGCUGGUGUCGCGGUCAGUUGGUGCGGGCCACGUGGUGGCGAAGGUGCGGGCGGUGGACGCAGACUCUGGCUACAAUGCGUGGCUGUCUUAUGAGCUUCUGCCGGUGUCCGGUGUCACGCGUAGUCCGUUUCGCGUGGGGCUCUAUACUGGCGAGAUCAGUACGACACGCUCCCUGGAUGAGAUGGAUGUGCCACGCCAGAGCUUGCUAGUGCUGGUGAUGGACCAUGGCGAACCUGCCCUGACCUCCACCGCCACAGUGCUGGUGUCUCUUGUGGAGAGCGGCCAGGCGCCCCAGGCCUCCUCCAGGGCGCUGGCAGGUGCCGCUGGCCAGGACGCUGCUCUGGUGGAUGUCAAUGUGUACCUGAUUAUAGCCAUCUGCAUGGUGUCCAGCCUGUUGGUGCUCACCGCGGUGCUGUACUUGGCGUUUCGGUGCUCCGCGUCGCCCACCCAGGACACGUGUGGUCCUGUGAAGCCCACGCUGGUGUGUUCCAGUGCUGUGGGGAGCUGGUCCUACUCCCAGCAGAGAAGGCAGAGGGUGUGCUCUGGAGAGGUGCCACCCAAGGCUGAUCUCAUGGCCUUCAGCCCUAGUUUGCCUCAGGCUCCUACCUCUACAGAAAACGUGAGUCUUAAUUUUUUCCAACAAUUUAAUUGA